AUGUUCUCCUCACAUAAUAGUGACAAGGAACUGGAUCUUCAAUACAUAACUGCUUCUCUGGAAAUGCUGGUAAUCGAUUAUGCUGAACUCCUUUUCAUGCAGAAUUGGUCUCUGGUUGCUUCCUUGAUAUCUCGACUCAAUCAGCGUAUGACGCGAGCAGUGAUCAAUAACCCGGCACGAGUCAGACUUUCUCAUCUAGCUGGUCUUGGGGCUAGAUACCGACAGACCAUUCUAUUUAGCGCUGCAUUUCACUAUCUUAUAGCUGCAUCGAUCGGUGAAUGCUCUAACUUUCAAGGCCUCGUACUUGUCUUACCAAGUCCAUAUCACCCUUCGGUCGGCAGGCUAUCUCAUAGAGACAAAGAUGGCGGUCAGAUUCUCGCCAAACGCCGCAAGUCGAAUCGCAGAGUUUACUACUCUUCGGUACCUAUCGCCACUGAAAGUUCUGCCUCUAUGGGUUCUCAACUUCGGCCAGAAGCUCUCUAUCCUGGCUAUCUACCACCUUUCUUUCGAGUGCCUGGUGCCUACCUAACUUCUGUAACUUCCGCUGGCUUUGACAAAGCUAAUAGAAAUCUGCAUGAUUCCAUAUCAAGCUUCUCUUCCAGGUCCUCUGAUCUAGGUGCCAUAAAGUUAACGGCCGAUGAUGUUCGCCUCAGUCUAAUCCCUUUUACAGUGGCUAGUACCUUUCCUAGCAGUCAUCUGAAAAGCACCGCCAUUAAUGCCGGUCUUCUGGCCUCUUUACCUGUUUCUGCGAGCAGUGGAUCCCUUUGUUGGGCCGAACUGACUAAACCCGCUUCAGGCUCAGAUGAGGAUGGCGCACUGCUUAUCUCUUCUACUGAGCUACCAAGAGCUGAGUACAGUGAACUAGGUUAG